AUGGCUUGCCUUACAAUGACAGAAAUGGAAGAAACAUCCACAUCCCCUGUACAUCAGAAUGGUGAUAUUUCUGGAAAUGCUAGUUCUGUGAAGCAAGUAGAUCCAGUCCUACAGGUCUAUCUUUAUCAUUCCCUUGGGAAAGCUGAGGGGGAUUAUCUGAAGUUUCCAACUGGAGAGUAUGUUGCUGAAGAAAUUUGUGUUGCUGCUUCUAAAGCUUGUGGAAUCACACCUGUAUAUCAUAGUAUGUUUGCUUUAAUGAGUGAAACAGAAAGGAUCUGGUAUCCACCCAACCAUGUCUUCCAUAUAGAUGAAUCAACCAGGCAAAAUGUACUCUACAGAAUCAGAUUUUACUUUCCUUACUGGUAUUGUAAUGGCAGCAACAGAACCUAUCGACAUGGAAUAUCUCGAGGUGCUGAAGCUCCUCUUCUUGAUGACUUUGUCAUGUCUUACCUUUUUGCUCAGUGGCGGCAUGAUUUUUUACAUGGAUGGGUAAAAGUACCUGUGACUCAUGAAACACAGGAAGAAUGUCUUGGGAUGGCAGUGUUAGAUAUGAUGAGAAUAGCCAAAGAAAAGAAUCAAACCCCACUGGACAUCUAUAGCUCUAUCAGCUACAAGACAUUUUUGCCAAAAUGUGUUCGAGCAAAGAUCCAAGAGUAUCAUAUUUUGACAAGGAAGAGAAUAAGGUACAGAUUUCGCAGAUUUAUUGAGCAAUUCAGCCAUUGCAAAGCCACUGCCAGAAACUUGAAACUUAAGUAUCUUAUAAAUCUGGAAACUCUUCAGUCUGCCUUCUACACAGAGCAGUUUGAAGUAAAAGAACCUGGAAGAGGUCCUUCAGGUGAGGAGAUUUUUGCAACCAUUAUAAUAACUGGAAACGGUGGAAUUCAGUGGUCAAGAGGGAAACAUAAAGAAAGUGAGACACUGACAGAACAGGAUUUACAGUUGUAUUGUGAUUUUCCUGAUAUUAUUGAUAUCAGUAUUAAACAAGCAAAUCAAGAAGGCUCAAAUGAAAGCAGAAUUGUAACUAUUCAUAAGCAAGAUGGUAAAAGUCUAGAAAUUGAGCUUAAGUCAUUAAGAGAAGCUUUGUCUUUUGUGUCAUUAAUUGAUGGAUAUUAUAGAUUAACUGCAGAUGCACAUCAUUAUCUUUGUAAAGAAGUAGCACCUCCAAUGGUGCUUGAAAAUAUACAAAGCAACUGUCAUGGCCCAAUUUCAAUGGAUUUUGCUAUCAGUAAACUGAAGAAAACAGGUAAUCAGACUGGACUCUAUGUACUUCGAUGCAGUCCUAAGGACUUUAAUAAAUAUUUUCUGACUUUUGCUGUUGAGCGAGAAAAUGUUAUUGAAUAUAAGCACUGUUUGAUUACAAAAAAUGAGAAUGGAGAAUACAACCUCAGUGGUACUAAGAAGAACUUCAGUAAUCUUAAAGAUCUUCUGAAUUGCUACCGGAUGGAAACUGUUCGCUCAGACAGUAUAAUUUUCCAGUUUACUAAAUGCUGUCCCCCAAAGCCAAAAGACAAAUCAAACCUUCUAGUCUUCAGAACCAAUGGUAUUUCUGAUGUACCAACCUCACCAACUUUACAAAGGCAUAAUAAUGUGAACCAAAUGGUGUUCCACAAAAUUAGAAAUGAAGAUUUGGUAUUUAAUGAAAGCCUUGGCCAAGGAACUUUUACAAAAAUUUUUAAAGGUAUAAGAAGAGAAAUAGGAGACUAUGGUCAGCUGCAUGAAACAGAAGUUCUUUUAAAAGUUCUGGAUAAAGCACAUAGAAACUAUUCAGAGUCUUUUUUUGAAGCAGCAAGCAUGAUGAGCCAGCUUUCUCACAAACAUCUGAUUUUAAAUUAUGGAGUAUGUGUCUGUGGAGAGGAGAAUAUUCUGGUUCAGGAAUUUGUAAAAUUUGGAUCACUAGAUACAUAUCUGAAAAAGAAUAAAAAUUCUAUAAAUAUAUUAUGGAAACUUGAAGUGGCUAAACAGUUGGCAUGGGCCAUGCAUUUUCUAGAAGAAAAAACCCUUAUUCAUGGGAAUGUGUGCGCCAAAAAUAUUCUUCUUAUCAGAGAAGAAGACAGGAAGACAGGAAAUCCUCCUUUCAUCAAACUUAGUGAUCCUGGCAUUAGUAUUACAGUUUUGCCAAAAGACAUCCUGCAGGAGAGAAUACCAUGGGUACCACCUGAAUGCAUUGAAAAUCCUAAAAAUCUAAACCUGGCAACAGACAAAUGGAGUUUUGGUACCACAUUGUGGGAAAUCUGUAGUGGAGGAGAUAAGCCUCUGAGUGCUUUGGAUUCUCAAAGAAAACUACAGUUUUAUGAAGAUAGGCACCAGCUUCCUGCACCAAAGUGGACAGAAUUAGCAAAUCUUAUUAAUAAUUGCAUGGAUUAUGAACCAGAUUUUAGACCUUCUUUCAGAGCCAUUAUAAGAGAUCUUAAUAGUUUGUUCACUCCAGAUUAUGAGCUAUUAACAGAAAAUGACAUGUUACCAAAUAUGAGAAUAGGUGCCCUAGGGUUUUCUGGUGCUUUUGAAGACCGAGACCCUGCACAAUUUGAAGAAAGACACUUGAAAUUUCUACAGCAACUUGGCAAGGGUAAUUUUGGGAGUGUGGAGAUGUGCCGGUAUGACCCUCUACAAGACAAUACUGGGGAGGUGGUGGCUGUGAAAAAGCUCCAGCACAGUACUGAAGAGCACCUCAGAGACUUCGAAAGAGAAAUUGAAAUCCUUAAAUCCUUGCAGCAUGACAACAUUGUAAAGUACAAAGGAGUCUGCUAUAGUGCUGGCCGGCAUAAUCUAAGAUUAAUUAUGGAGUAUUUACCAUAUGGAAGUUUACGAGACUAUCUCCAAAAACAUAAAGAACGGAUAGAUCAUAAAAAACUUCUGCAGUACACAUCUCAGAUAUGCAAGGGUAUGGAGUAUCUUGGUACAAAAAGGUAUAUUCACAGGGAUCUGGCAACAAGGAAUAUACUAGUGGAGAAUGAAAACAGAGUUAAAAUAGGAGAUUUUGGAUUAACCAAAGUCUUGCCACAAGACAAAGAGUACUACAAAGUGAAAGAGCCUGGGGAAAGUCCCAUAUUCUGGUAUGCACCAGAGUCACUGACAGAGAGCAAGUUUUCCGUGGCCUCCGAUGUUUGGAGCUUCGGAGUGGUUCUCUAUGAACUCUUCACGUAUAUUGAGAAGAGUAAAAGCCCGCCAGCGGAAUUUAUGCGUAUGAUUGGCAAUGACAAACAAGGACAGAUGAUUGUGUUUCAUUUGAUAGAACUCCUGAAGAAUAAUGGAAGAUUACCAAGACCAGAUGGAUGCCCAGAUGAGAUUUAUGUGAUUAUGACAGAAUGCUGGAACAAUAAUGUAAGCCAGCGCCCCUCAUUCAGAGACCUAGCUGUUCGAGUUGAUCAAAUAAGGGACAACAUGACUGGAUGA